CGCCUUUACAGCCCUCGGCGGCGCGAGUGAUCUCGAUGCCUCAAAAACGAAUUCGCGUGUCCCUCUACGACCCGCUCUACCACCAGAAGCGCGCUGCAAAGCUCGCCGAUGCCAAGUUGGCGGCCCAAGAUGCUCUCCUGCGAAAGCCAAGCCCGACGGCGGUCACGAGGUUCGUGUGCCACCGCGUUCGGGCGCAGCAAGACCCCGACGGUUGUCCGCCAGCGUGCGACAACAACUGUCUCGGCGACUGUGCGAUCGGUCGCGCAGUCAAGCGUGCGACCGAUGAUUCGGUCGACACCAACGCCCGCCGCGACGGCAGGGCAACCACUGACGGCAAGCAGCCGCACCUCGACCACCGCCGCGCAGCGUCGCACACCGGUGACGAGCGUCGCGACUGCUCCGUCAACGCGGCAUCGACGACCACGACUGAGGCGAUCCUCGGUCAGCUGCGUUCGGAAGUUGCAACUCUCCGAGCGCAGGUCGUUGACCUCCAAGCCAGCCUCGACGCCCGCUUGAUGCGCCUCUUUCAGGCUGGCUUCCAGUCGCUGGACGUCGGCGUCAUGCUGCGACUGGGCUGCAGCGCGAUGCGCAACGACAUCCCGCGAGGCUCGAAGCUGCUCCAGACCAAGCUCGAAGAUGCACAAGAAGCGGCUUCGGCCGGUGCCUCUGAGCUUGUUGUCGCACGCGGCUUUGGCCGGCGCCUCGCAGCUCGAAGGCGACAUUCUGCUGACUUUGACGACGACAUUGAGGUGAUUCUCGGUGACCCACCGGCACCGCCAGACCUGGUCGCGGCCGCGGAGCUCGAAGCAGAACGCAAGGCUUACGAGGCGCUCGAAGCGCAAGCCGACGACGCAGCCACUCGCGCCGCAUCGAACGAGCUGCGCCUCGAGAACAAGAUCUUGAAGCUCAUGACGAAUAUCAACGAUCUCUCGGCUGGCGUCAACGCGCUCUCGUCCGACAAGUCAGAGCUCGCAGAGGCCAAAACAAAGCUCCAGGAAGAGACGGCGGGCCUCCUGGCGCGCGUAGCCGCCUUGGAAACAGCGCUACAGACGCAGGAGACCAACGCCAUGACCGACAUGACGGCGCUCGAGACGCGGGCGGUCACGGCCUAA